GAUUCUGGCGGUGCUUCGAUUCAUUUACUCUGAACAGCGAGAAGAAGCGGGAUAGAGUUGCAUGGGUGUCGCAGUUCAAUAGCCAACCAGCACCAUACAACACGAAAAUCAUGGCAGCAAUGGUACAGGACAUAAAAGAAAGAUUCGACAAGUUUCUUCAUGAAAAGAAUUUCAUGACCGAUGCAUUGGCAAAGAUCGAAGCUAAAACUGGAGUAAACAGGGCCUAUAUCGCAAUCGCUGUCGUCGUCAUUCUCGCAAUUUACCUGGUUAUUGGGUAUGGAGCCUCCCUACUGUGCAACCUCAUCGGAUUUGCUUAUCCAGCCUACAUAUCGAUCAAAGCCAUUGAGAGUGUAACCAAAGAUGAUGACACAAAAUGGCUGACCUACUGGGUGGUGUAUGGAGUGUUCAGCGUGGCAGAGUUCUUUGCUGACAUCUUCCUGUCCUGGUUCCCAUUUUACUACAUGGGAAAGUGUGCCUUCUUGGUGUGGUGCAUGGCUCCAACUCCUUCUAACGGUUCCAUCCAGAUAUACACGCGGAUCAUCCGCCCCAUUUUCCUCAAGCACGAGACCAAGAUUGACAACAUAGCCAAGGACCUCAAGGACAAGGCGUCAGAGGCUGCAGACAAGUUCAAAGAUGAAGCGAAGAAAGCGACGGCGAACAUAAUGUGGGAGGAGGGGAUGAAGAAGGACUCCUAAAGGCGCCGCGAGGACAAAGUUACCCAAAGUUCAACAGCAUUGUCAUCUCUGGAGUGGACUGUGUUACACAGCUCAAUAAAUGUUGCCUUGGAUUUUUUUUAUUGUUUAUUAUUUUAUAAAUUAUCUGAAGGAUAGCAUCUUGGUCUUGCACAGUUUGUCUGUUAAAAAUAAAUAAAAAACACAGCGAUAGAUGGUCACGUAUCCAAGAGUGAUGUAAAACCAUUUGAAACCUUUAACUUGUUUGCGUACCUUUAGGCUGUAAUGAGCCAGUGACGUUGUUUCCCCUCCUGCUACGCUUUAAGUACCCAAAUAAAAAAAAGAAACUUGCUGUUA